UGAAUCUAUUUUUGCAAGUGCAAAUUGUCUAUGGGUAUUUUUAGAUCAGUUAGAUCAAAGCCAUUGCAGCUGCAUCUUUCAUAAUAUUCUGUUGCUAAGAGGAAAUACAUAAAAAUGGCACUUCCUGAGAAACUACUCGAAAAUUACAAGAAAUUCCAGGCUCCUAGUGAUGUCCCAGUUUUCCUUAAGGGAGGACCAGCUGAUAAAUUUCUAUUUGGUUUGACAGUGGCUCUCUGUGGAUUGGGUCUUCUCAACAUCGUUAAAAUGACAUACGAUUUGGGAUUCAAGAAGAAGUCAGCUUAAAAUGUACAUAUUUUCAAUAAGAUUCCUCUUAAAUAAGAACAGUGCUUAAGAACUAA